AAUGAGUAGUGGCAGGUGUAGUGUGCAGUGGGGGGGCCUGCUCCUCCUCCUGUCCUGCUGUCUGCUGUGUGUUGUCUCUCAGGUGGCCCAGCAGCAGCAGCACACGCUGCCGGUCAUAGAGCGGGCAGCCUCCAUAUCCGGUCACGGCCGCCUGGACAGAAACAUGGUCCAGGACAAAGACCACAUCAUGGAGCAUUUAGAGGGAAUGAUAGACAAACCUGAGAAAGAAAUGACACCCCAGGAGCUUCAGCUGCACUAUUUCAAGAUGCACGAUUAUGAUGGCAACAACCUGCUGGAUGGGCUGGAGCUAGCCACAGCUAUCACACAUGUCCACAGAGAGGAGAGAGGAGAGAACAGCCAGCCGUUGAAAGAGGAUGACCUCAUCACCCUGAUCGAUGACGUUCUGAAGGACGAUGACAAGAACAAUGACGGUUACAUAGAUUACGCAGAGUUUGCCAAAUCACUGGAGUAAGAUGUCACCUGAGAACUUCCAUGCUUCACACCCACAACGACAAAUCUGCAGAGAAGAGAAGGCCAGCCGAGUAGCCACCAGACUGCAUUUCUCUCUCGCAGGCGACCAGUCAGGGUUAUUGAUAAUUUAAUUAAGGUUUGGGAAAUUUUCCUACUUUCUAAGCAGGUUUUUUUUGUUCAUGUGAUGUCCAAGGGGGUAGCAGAAAAACCAGGAAUGGCCGGAAUUAAUAAGCAACAGAAACAGGAGGAAAACAAAAUGGCCUUUUGGUUAGUUUGGCUCUUGUGGAGCUACAGUACACUUGCCGUGACAUUUCUGCGCCAUCUGUUUUCAUAGGUUCCCUGAAAUUAUGCCUUUUUCUUAAGGGUCAGUUCACCAAAUAUCAAUUUUUUUUUCUACUUAGCCCCUCAUUGUAUCUAACCAUGGAUAUAUACUUUUAGUUCUUUUUGAAGUUUAGACAUCUUUGCAGUGACUUCUGCCAAAAAGCCUGUCAAAUAAAAGCCCAAAACCUUUAUUGGGAACUAGUACAGCUAUCAGUGAAGUGGUAGCAGAGGUCUCAGUGCCAGGUAUCAUGGCAAGUAAAACCCAAUCCAUCUGCAUAGCUGCCUUAAGGGAAAGUUAGGAAUA